AUGGGUGUGAAGCCUCGUACAGAUCGCCCGGUCACUGUCAUCGGUGGAGGCGUGUUGGGCCGUCGCAUCGCGUGCGCUUUCGUGGCUGCUGGAUAUCAUGUAAACGUUCGGGAUACAUCUCCGGAGGCACUUGAGGCUUCCGUGAAAUACAUUGAUGCACAUAAAGAAGAAUAUUUCAUGAUGCCACGGAUUUCCAAGGAAACAGAAGAAGCAUGCAGCGCCAAUGAGGAACCCACUGAUAAGGAACCGAUCACGUCUAUUACCAAGAUAGAUCUCGAAGCUUACACCCAUGCCCCAUUUGGUACCUGCAAGACUUUCACGGAUAUUCAGACUGCAGUCUCUAAUGCAUGGCUAGCUGUUGAGGCCGUUCCCGAGAAGCUAGAGCUCAAGAUUGAUAUCCUUGCCGAGCUUGAUGCAGCCGCCCCAGCGGAUUGUAUCUUGGGGUCAAAUACCUCAUCAUACAAAUCUAGCUUGCUUAUCUCAAAGGUUUCAAAAGAGCGCCACAAGCGCGUUCUUAACCUUCAUUUUGCAUUGCUUCCAGCCGUUCGCAUUGUCGAAUUGAUGACCAAUGGCGAGACUGAUCCCGAAAUAUUUCCAUAUCUUGAGAAUAUACUGGGGGAGUGCGGGUUAUUGCCAGUUACUGCUCGAUGUGAAUCAGCUGGAUUUGUUUUCAACCGACUAUGGGCGGCAGUCGAGCGCGAGAUAAUGCAUAUUCUUUCAGGCGGAGUUAGCCACCCAAGUGAGAUUGAUCUCCUCUGGGAGCACAUGUUUAAAAAUGGACCUCUCCCAUGCCAACUCAUGGAUCAGGUUGGGCUGGAUACAGUCGCCUGUAUUGAGGAUACCUAUGUUAAGGAGCGAGGUCUCAACGGUGCAGCGACAGUCGAUUGGUUACGACGGGAGUAUAUUGAGCAAGGCCGAUUGGGGAAGAAGAGCCAGAAAGGUGGGCUGUACCCACGUCACGUCCGGUCUUCGACAGCUGAAGCAACACCGACCAACCCGCAUACCGCUGCUAAGGACAUAUAUGUUCUGGAUGUAGGCUUAGGGAGCAACAGCAAGGAUGUAUCCCAAGUUCAUUCAAAUGGCAAAAUCCUGCGCUUGAAUCUAGCAACAGAGAAGUUAACCCAUGUUGUUGUUGGGCAGAAUUUGCCGGAUGGAAUUGAUGUCUCGCUCGCCAAACAGAAGAUUUUUUGGACAAACAUGGGUCGCAGUACAGCAGCAUGCGAUGGUUCGGUGUGGGCCACAAACUUGGAUGGUAGCAAAACUGGGUGCUUAAUACCACCAGGUAAGGUACAUACCCCGAAACAGAUUGCAGUUGUCGAAUCGAGGGAACAAGUCUACUUUUGCGAUCGGGAGGGAACCAGCGUACAUUGUUGCAACUAUGACGGUAGCAACCAUCACGUAUUGGUGCAGCGACAUGUGGACCAGGACACAACACUUUUGGACCAAAUGAUCCUUUGGUGUGUUGGAAUCGCCAUCGAUGCGGAGCGUGGUUUGAUGUAUUGGACGCAGAAAGGACCAAGCAAGGGUGGUCGAGGAAGGAUCUUCUGUGCAGGCCUCGGGCUUCCUGAUGGAGAAACGGCGGAAAAUCGAUCCGAUAUUCAGCUCAUCUUCGAUAAUUUACCAGAGCCAAUUGAUAUAGAGGUUGACGGCGAGACACAAACCAUCUACUGGACAGAUCGUGGUGAGCAUCCUAUAGGAUGCGCGCUGUAUCGGGCGUACGUGGGUGGAGAAACCAUUGAUAUGGAAAGAGUAAUCUUGGCGCGUCAUUUCAAUGAGCCCAUUGGAUUAAAACUGGAUAAGGUCAACAAUAUUGUGUAUGUGUCAGAUCUCGGGGGGAGUCUAUAUUCCGUGUCCUUGGAGGAUGGAUUGAAGGUUGAGCUGGUACGUAACGAUGGAUGUUUUACAGGGCUCACACUGGUAUGA